AAACUCGCCGUCUAUGAAGCGUAGAACAGCAAUGGAGAAAGCGUCCCCGCACGUGCUCAUUUUCCCCUUCCCACUCCACGGCCACAUCAACUCCAUGCUCAUAUUAGCAGACCUCCUAUGCCUAGCUGGCAUCCACGUCACCUUCCUCAACACCGACCACACCCACCACCGUCUUCUCCGCUCAAACCCUGACCUCCUGGUCGACCGGCCCGGCUUACGAUUCCGUUCAAUCUCCGACGGCCUCCCGCUGGACCAGCCCCGACCUAUUGAUCGGAUCACGGACCUCUUCGUCUCGCUCAGAUCGGCAACGAAGCCGCUCCUCCGGGCGAUGCUGGCGGGUUCCGGCGGGGGGCUGGGAUCUGACGACCCGGUGACGUGUGUUGUGGCGGACGGGCUCUUGUCGUUCGCGAUCGACGUCGCAGAUGAGGUUGGCAUCCCGAUCUUCAUCUUCCGCACGGCCAGCCCUUGCAGCUUCUGGACAUUUUUCUGCGGUCCGGCACUUGCAGCAGGAGGGGAGAUUCCAUUUGAAGAAGAUGACAUGGAUCGUCUAAUAAUAGGCGUGCCGGGAAUGGAAGCCUUCCUCAGACGUCGAGACCUACCCAGUCUCUUCCGAGUCAAGGAACUCAGUGACCUCAAUCUCCAAUUCAUCUUGACCGAAGCUCAAGACGCGACUCGAGCCUCGUGCGUCAUUCUCAACACCUUCGAAGACCUCGACGGUCCCAUCCUGUCCCAUAUCCGUGCCCACUGCCCCACAACGUAUGCCAUUGGACCCCUGGACGCCCUCCUCAAGUGUCGACUCACCGAGUCAAACGACUUCACCCCUACUUCCAUUAGCCUCCGGACGGAGGACAGGACCUGCCUGACGUGGCUCAAUUCCCAGCCAGACAAAUCCGUCCUCUACAUCAGCUUCGGCAGUGCCGCGGUCGCGACUCAGGAACAGUUGCUGGAAUUCUGGCACGGUGUGGUCAACAGUCAGACCCGCUUCUUGUGGGUCAUGCGCCCGGACGUCGUUGAUAGAAUGGGUCAGAUACCAGCCGAGCUGAGGGAAGCAACAGACGAGAGGGGGCGUCUUGUAGGGUGGGCCCCACAAGUGGAUGUGCUGGCCCACUCGGCGGUUGGCGGGUUCUUGACUCACUGUGGGUGGAAUUCGACAUUGGAGAGCGUGUCCGCGGGAGUACCGAUGAUUUGUUGGCCCUUCUUCGUGGACCAGCAGACAAAUAGUCGGUAUGUUGAGGAGGUAUGGAAGGUUGGCUUGGACAUGAAAGAUCGAUGCGAUAGAAGAACGGUUGAGAUGAUGAUCAGGGAGUUGAUGGAAGGUAAGAGGGAAGAGUUAGUGAAAUCGACGGCUAGGUUUGCUGAUCUAGCGAAGAGAAGUGUGAGCCAAGGUGGGUCAUCCUACAUGAGUUUUGAGAAAUUAGUCGAGAACAUUAGAUCAAUGUGCCAGCGGGCGCACCCUGAUGGAGGAAAAUGAUCAGACGGUGUUAGUGAUCCAUCUCCAUCGUGAACAAACGAGCAUGGCUUAGGCAAUUUUAUUUAUAUGUAUUAAAUACUCUUAAAGCUAAUUCGACCCAGCCUAGACGCUUGCUAGGCCAGGCCGAUUAUUUCUUUAUAGCUAGGUACAUCACAUGAACCUGGAUGAAAUCUGUUGUGGGAAAAAUGGUCCUGCUCAGCUGGCAACCUCACGGCAUCGUCGGUGUUCCCAACUCUUGGAAGUAUAGCACCAAAAGAACUCUCCACGGACCCAACGGGUAUAGUUCGGAGUUGGGCCCAUCCGGGCUCAGCCUACACAUGGGCUCAGAUCGU